GCUCCCCGAAUCAGAUUAUUAAUCUAAAAUCUGUGAGCCCUAGGUCUACACAACUAAGAAGAGCAAUAAGGGGUUUGGAGAUAAAGAUGAUGAGUGUUGAUGCUGGGAUUGGUGUGAUGGGUACUAUGUUGGGGAUGAUGAGUUUUUUUUGAGGAAGACGGUACUGUAGUUCCCGUGACUGUGAUAGGGUUCAAGGAGGGAAAUAUCUUUACACAAGUAAAGACAGAGUCCACGGACGGGUAUAAUGCAGUUCAAGUGGGUUAUGAGAGACUUAGAGAUCGCAAGCUCACCAUGCCCGAGUGGGCACUUGAACAAGGCUGGUGGAUUCCCAUGCGUCAUCUUCAGGAGUUUCGUCUUUACUCCCAGUCAAAAGCUUUUGUUUGAGGAACUCUUCAAGGAAGGUGACAUGGUGGAUGUCUCUGGUACAACCAUUGGAAAGGGGUUCCAAGAUACAGAUUCAGUUUCAGAGAUAGAGAUGGGUGACGAAAAUCUGAUACCGCCACCUACCCCACGGCUUACAGACUAUUCUAAGCCAAGUCUGUCCGUGCUACCAAAGGCGAUCAUGCCUUCUAUUACCUGUAUAUAUUAGGUAUGUUUUUUCUUUUCUUUUCGUAUUCCUUUAUUUUGGUGUGUUUCUUUGGUGUGUUUAAUGCUUUCUAGAUUAGUUUAUUGCUUUGAAAAAAAAAUUAAAAAAAUAAUACAAAAAUACGUUCCGAUGAAUACAAUAUCAUGCUUCCCUGUGCCCCUUGAGCGGAAAUUGUUUUAAUUCUUGGUAUUUGAUGAUGGGCAAUGUAGAUGUGUUAGCCAUGAUUUGAUAUUCGAUUGCUUUGAUGCCUAAACAUGAGUCAACUCCGACUAACUGCUUGUGGACUUGGUGCUUGACUAGUUGACUUGGUUAGGAUGUGUGUUAGCUUCCUGGUGUGUCGUCGAUUUUGAGUAUUGGUUUGCAACUAUUAGUAAUGUUUUAUGACUCAUAUACAUGCACAUUGUGAAGGACGAAGGCAUUUUUCUAUUUAGGUAGCCUUCAGAUGAAAUUAGAUACAUUUGUUCCCUCUUUUUCUACCCAUGUUGUGCUUGUGCCAUUUAUUCGGUGACUAACCACAUUACAAGCCCGUAAAUUCCCCAUUGGUUACUAGUCCCAAGCCUAGCUUGGGGGAGCUAAUAGUAGUGAGGUGAGGGAGUUGUAGUGUGAUACAUUUUGAGCAUAUUGAGUAUUGAAAAGGGAAGUUCUUCUUAUCAUGAUUGUUGUUGAAAAAAUGAAAUGAAAAAUGAAUGAGAUGAGGAGAAUAAAAAAAAUUGUGUGAAGGUUCCAAAAGAAAAAAAAAAUGAGAUUGAGCAAGAAAAAAAAAAAGGGAAGAAAAAAAAAAUCGUUAUUCUCAAGUUGAAUCAAGCUUUUGUCACUCCGGUAUUACAAUUUCUUAUCUUCAUGAGUGAUUGGUUACAAUUGUGAAAUCAAGGCAAGAAAGUAUAGUGUGGUUGUUUGUUGUUUUUAUUCAUGUGUUGAGUGGGAGAUUAUGGUCAUUGUGUUGAUUGAUCGCGGUUGUUUUUAGGAUUUAUGCUCCCCAAAGCCAAGGCUUUAAGCUCACAUUUUACCCAAACUUACCGCACCCUUACCUAAGCCUAUCAUUACAAGCUUGAAAGACCUUCCGACCUUUGUGCAUAGAGUUGUAUUAAUGUGAAAGUAGUUGUUUAUCAACGCAAGUUAUGACAUGACACAUUCCGAGUCGACUACUAGGUUGAGUGUAUGUUUUUCUAGACACACGAGUGUGUAAGUUUGGGAGGGCAUUGUUCACUUAUAUGUUGGGAGGAGAGCGAACGGGUACAUCUUUUAUCCGCCACAUAAAUGAGUGACGAGUGUGUGAGCACUAGUCUUGAAUUACAUUGUGCAUUUGUGGUUCGCUUUGCGUGACGAUUGUUAAGGAGGAUUAGCAAUUGAAUGGACUUGAUUGGUUGACAUUGAUGCAUACUUGUUAGAUUUUACCUUGGAUUAUGUGUUCAUUUUGAAAUAUGUUGGGGGUGAAGUUGGUUUUGUGUUCAUCGAUGAUUUCUUUGCUUAGGGACAAGCAAAGAUCUAGCUUGGGGGAGUUUGAUAUGUGCGUUUUAUAUAGUGUUUUCACCCCCGUCCCUUAGUACUUUUAUGCGUCAAAUAAGCUCUUAGGAGCCGUUUUUAGUACUAAUCUGUGUAUUUGAGUGUGCCUUGAGUUUCAGGAAUACUUGGUGAGAAAUUGGUCUUUUUAGUCCCGUUUCUUGAUGAUUUAGGCCACUACGUGAUCCCGAGGGAGUUCAGGACGACUUUUGUCGACUUACGGGAGCCUUAGAUGAUUCAUGAUUGAGCCCCGGAAGUUAGACUCGGUGUUGUGGACGAAGGGCGGAUCACUUAGCCCUCCGCUCGGUUGAUUGCCUCUCGCCCAUCGGGCGAGCAAACAGAGGGACAGGCGCAGAAGGCGCCCGACGGGCGGGAUCUCGCCCGGUGCCCACCGGGCGCCCAUCAGAAGCAGCAGCAGCAGUAAUCGCCUUUCGCCCGACGGACGAAAGCCGCCCGACCGGGCGCGCGGAGAAGAUUUCCAGAAGUCUCCCUUCGCCCGGCGGGCAGACCUGCGCCCGACGGGCGGGUUACGAGCUGGUCGCCCGACGGGCGGAGAGCUGCCCGACCGGGCGACGACAACCCAAGGCGCUGUGCGCACGUCCUUCUUUAUUCUUUUCCGGUUUUUCCUUAUGUUUUUAGGCUAAACUAUAAAUAUAGCCUUUGUUAAUUUAGUGAAACACCUUAUUAUCUCAUAUUCAAGUAUUAAACACUUAGUUUUAUUUCUCUAAGCUUAGUUUUUUCUCUCUAAUUUUGUUCUAAACACUUAGUUUAUUUUCAAUUAAAAAUUCAAGCUUUCAUUUGCCA